CUCUCUAUGUGUGUUUCUCACCCACCUUCAUGCACACACCGACACACGCAAACAGAAAAAGAAGAGAAAGCCAGACAGCGGAACUGCGACGGCAUGAGGGGGAUAUUCUGUCUGCGUGGGCUCCGCCACUGAGGUGUCCGGAGUUCAGCUACAGCGCGCUUCUACGUGUGAGUGUGUGUGUGUGUGUGUGUGUGUGCGUGCAUGAGCGAGCGAGUGCGAGCAUGCAUGCAUUCAGAUGUGAGUGAGUGAAAGCAAUCGGCACGGUGCGAAGGGGCAGAGGAGCGUUGACUCAGUCCGGACACCACAGGAUCAGAGGACGCGGAUGUGCGACAAGUACUCCCAACAGCUGCUGCCGCCGCUGCUGCUCCGCAUGCUUCCGCGUCCUCUCAACUUCUGCCAUGGAAAAGCCUCCUCUUCCAGCUUGCCUCUAAUCUGCUGAGGGAAACGGGCAUGCAGGGGCACAAGCAGGGAUCUAGGCUAUCGCAUCUUUUACGUCAGCAUCGCUCAGUCUGAGGAAACAUGGUGAGCAAGGAGGGUGGCAAAUGCAUGCUCACCAACUCAGAGUCCGACUCAGAGGCACCGCCUUUGCCCUCCACUUCCCUGGCACUGGAGUAUUCCCUGGAAGCCAGUCGACAGGUGAGAAAGAGAAACAAAGCCCUGCAAGUGCGCUUCAAGGACAUCUGUGAGGCACAGAACGAGCAAAGGGAGGCGGAGCUGCAGGCGGCGGGAAAAGGCGGCAAGCCAAUGUCGUACAAAGUGGCGUACCGCAAGUACAUGACCGUCCCUGCCCGCAGGUCCAUUCCAAACGUCACAAGGAGCACUGGCGUCCAGACGUCCCCAGACCUAAAGAAACGUUACCAGACCUUUCCCUUUGAGCGCAAAAAAGGCCACACAUUUAAACACGUGGCAGCAGUGGAAACGUAUAAAGGUCACAAUAACGGCUUUGUCAUGGAGGCGAAGCAAUCCAAAGUGGCCGAGCAGAAUUUAGACGAGGAGGAGGGAGUGAGAAGUGGGAGAGGAGUCCUGAGGACCAGGGCUCUGCUCCAUACUAAUGAGUGCGUUGCCACAGUGGAGCAGCACAGUGCACCUGAUGGCCUGUGCUCUGACGCUCUGCUGCUCAGUUGCACUGCAGACACAGACUGCCUUGUGGGUACGCCGAGAGGAAGCGGAGCUGGAACACAAGGAGAGUACCAGCUUUGCAGCGUUCCGUCCAAAGCCGGAACUGGAUUACAACACAGGGAGCCUGACGUAGACCGCCUGGCCAAGAGGCAGCUGCUCAAUUUGGAGGAAGGCUCGUCCCGAACUCUCCCGGACAGAACCUCCAAGGUUACGGGCCCCAUCGCCUGGAACUCUCUCACACAGGUGGAGUGCCUGGACAGUCCGUCUGUGCAGAGCAAGAGGAAGAAAGGCCUGCAGCUGAACGGACUGUCUAGUGAGACUCUACCGCGACCCAGCAGGGGCUGUACAACGCAGGCACAGUGCAGUACAGGGCAGCCUUCAGCCCGGCUUUUGCGGGGCAUGGAUGAGCCUCCGUCAGGCUGCAUGGGCGGUCAGGCUGAUGGGGCUCCCUCUGACCAAACACAAGAAGCCUGCAAACAAAUAGUGCCUGUAAAUCAGGACGGGGAUGUAAAAGCACAGCUUCAAGCCAUGGAAAACCUCAUCAGUUCCAGUCAGGAGACCAUCAAAGUGCUGCUGGGCGUCAUCCAGGAACUGGAAAAGGGAGAGGCCCACAGAGAAGGACUCUCCUAUCGAACUGGACAGGACACGGCCAACUGUGACACAUGCCGGAACAGCGCAUGCAUUAUUUACAGUGUGGAACUGGAUUUCAAGCUGCAGGAGGACAAGUUACAGCCACUGAUGAAAAGGCUUUGCCCUCCAACGGACUCCCACUUCCCUCCCCUGCCUUACCCCCAGGAGGCCUUCACCUCCACUCCAAAACGCAAGUCCAAAGCUGAAUCCAAGAAGCAUGCCCGCUGGAAACUUUGGUUCCUGUGAGAGCUGCACGACUGUCUCCGAACCCUAAAACUGACAAAGGAUUUAAGCAAGGAUCUAAAUUUCUUCACAUUCGUUGGUUUUUACAGCCUGAAGGAUUUUAUAGACCUGUUGGGCACUUUUAAUGAAGACCUCUGGAUAUACCUAAAUGGCAGGAGAAGUGAUAGAAACGUGGACUACAUUUAUAAUUAACACGGUCAUGCCCAACAAAAAUGGAAUAAGUCAUAACUUUGCCUAAUUUCCUGAAACAGCAACAGGGAAACACAUUCAUAGAUCAGCAAGAUAAGGAGAUGAGCUUACUUGCCGCUGUUUCCUGGCUUCUAUUUUUUAUUACUGAUGUAGACCUGUUCCCGUUUCAUGUUGAUGGAGAGAUGUCCGCCAUAUUUCUAUUCAGCUGUUGGGAUUUUCUCUUCCCUCCGAGUCUCCAGGAGGGGCUAAUCACUCAAUGCUGAAGCACCAAGGCCUACAUAAACAGCAUAUCAUUGUACUGCAAAGCACAACUAAUACUUUUCAGGAUUCCGUAUCUCCAGAAGAAACAGGAGAGAAUAAUUUUUGAUCAUCUUGUACCAACAGUAUAUGAUGGACUGAGUAUUUUCAUUAGCAAAAGACCUAAUGGAGAAACGCUGGAGAGGUUUGUUUGGACUUCUGUGAUAAACUUUCUUUUCAUUGGUAGAAUGUGUCAAAAGAACAUAUGACUUUGGAGAAAAUAAUGAAUAAAUACCACAUAUUUUCUUAAUAACAUUGGAAAAUAAAUGUCACUCUACUUUUUUUAUAUAAAUAUAUAUCAAAGUAUAUAGGUCCACUUUAGGGUGAAAAUAAUUAUAUUUAUUUGAACGAAAGCAAAAGGUGAGCUGUGUAGUUCAACUACAUUGAAAAAGAAGUGUGUACUUUCUUUUCAAUCCAUCAAAUAUAGUUUUCAGCAAACUCAUGGUGCACUGAGUCCCUGAAACUACCAAAAAAAUGUGAGAAUGCACUGUAGAUCAGCAGUUUGCAUCAUCGUCAUCUGCUUAAACUUCAAAUAUUUUGUGUUUUUAGUGGCAAAUUUGAACUUCUGGAUUCAUUGUGGAAUGGUGGUCCAAUAAUUUAUGAAAGCAUUAAUUUGAUGCACAAGUUUAAAUUUACUGUGGACCUUUUGUUUUGCCUAGUGCUUUUGAUAACUUUGAAAAUGUCUAGCACAUUUGGUUUCUCUUAAAUUAAUUUUUCCAGAUAAAUUCUAAACUAGUAAUUUACUUGAUUGUUUUUUAACCUUUCAGUUGAAUACAUUUCAAGAUCUUUAUUCAAGUUUAAGUUAUCAACUGUCAAGAGUACUUUAAAUAGUUAGAUGUUACAUCCAUGCUUUUAUUUUAAAGAGGGUCAAAACAGUUUAUUGGUUCCUCUCCUCAUGUUCUCGUUCUCUUUUCCACCCUAACAAUUUUCUAUCAAAAUAUAUUAUAGAACAUUACAUUAUGUUAACAUUAUGUAUAAAUUUGACCCUUUCAGACCCUUCCACAAUCAAUUCAAAUUUGUGCAACCAAUUCUUAAUUUUCUUUAAACAUAACCAUUGCAUUUUGUAAUAACAGUUCAAAAAAUCCCACUGAAAAUCCAAAAUUAAUAUGACAAAAACGCCAAUGAGUGUAUGUAAGCUUUGGGUCAGAAGUGUCCAUAUUUAUGUAUGCCACGUACAUAAAAAGGGAAAUAAAGUUGCUUUUAGCACACGUGAGGAAUAAGAGAAAAAUCGCUGUGAUUGUAUCACUUCAGUGUCUCAUAUCAGCUCCAGCCGGUGACACCGAUCCUACAAGAUUGAAUGUUCCACUUCUGAUCACAACUAGGGCUCCUACAAUGCAGGGUGGCAGGCACAAGGCCUUGCAUGCUUUUUACAAGCCUUGGACUUCACAGGCUAUUUUCUAAAUUUUUAAAGAAACACUUUUUAAGAACUACAAAAGCCUCUUAGUAUUUAGUUUUCCCUCAUUUUAAAUGUCUGGAAUCUAUUUGAAAGGCAACUCAUGCAGGUAUUCUACAUAGGGUUCAUUUAAAACGUUGCAAGCAUUAAUUAUAUUAAAGAUAGGCAUGGGCCACUACGUGAAACAAAAUUGAAAAGUACAGCUUCAAACAUUGCAAAAGAUUAAUGCAUCUAAAAAGAUGUCCAAAACAUUUAUCUGAUUUGAAACACAAAAGGUGCAUAAAGGAUCAUUCUGCUAAAGUAUUUAGAGGCCAAAUAUAGUGAUAGUUCUUUUCACUCAAGAAAAUCCAGUGCCGGUGCAUGCCUGUUUGUAUAAAUAUGUUGUUUAGCACCAAACAAGGCUAACACUUUUAGGAAAUCAGUAUUUGAAAUAGAACAAAAUAAAGUUACCAGUUUCACCAAAGUCACGUUGAAAGGCAAAAGCACUGCCUAAAGCAGAAGAAAUGUGUCCAAAUUGUGUCAAGGGAAAACACGACCAUCUUCCAAACAAGACAUGACUGGUUCAAUCUUCAUGAGCUUAAACAUGCCGCAUUCUGUGGGUUACGUGUGAUUCACUUUUGUAAAUGCCAGGUUGGUUUCUUUCAGUAGUUAUAUUGUAGCAUUUAGAACGAACUAGAUGUUUAUCUGUACCUUACAGAAGUGCAAUUGAUUUAUUAUGUGCAAUACUGUAUUUUAUACUGUUUUUAAAGAAAAAAAUAAUUAAAAUAAAGGUAUUUAUUAUUCUAAAAAUGGAAAAAAUAAAAACAAGACAUCUACACA